GCGGCCGACGUGGAUGCCAUGCUCUCGACUCCUGCGAUAGGAGGGGUCGAGAAGGACUCGUUGCGUUUCCAAAGCCGGAGCUGUGGGCCCACGAUCCGGGCCCCGUUCAGCCGCUGGUCUCUCGAGGCCUUGUCCGACUACUGUGCGCAAGAUUUCGCCUCAUCGUUCGCGCCUCGGAUCCAUCUCUGGUGAAUUUGGUGCGUGGGAUGCAAUAUGGUGACCGCCGUGGGGGCCACGGCUGUGAUGAAUCCGCUCAGCUGGCGGGUGGAAUCAGCUGCUUGUUCUGGCAGUCCUGUGGAUGUAAGGCAGAGGCUUGUGCUGGGAUCGCGAUUGAGUUUUCUCCCUUCCUACUUCGCCAGGAUGCAGGGGACUCACUCCCUCCAGCCUUCGAAGAACCUCGAGUUCGGAGGUGCUGAGCUUUUGAGGUGGAAGAAGGCCCUCUUCUCGACAACUUUGCUUGUGCCUGCGCUUUCUACUUCUCGGAGGGCGGUGAGAUUCCAUAUACGUUCCAAGUCAAGUGACACCAAACUGGCCACGAACUUUUCAAAAAUAAAUCUGGCUUGUAUUCGAAUGAAGUGUGACUCGGUGAGAUUCCAUAUACGUUCCAAGUCAAGUGACACCAAACUGGCCACGAACUUUUAAAAAAUAACUCUGGCGUGUAUUUGAGUGAAGUGUCACUCGGUUCACAGAUGCCACAGAGAGGAACACGAACUCGUUAGGAGAACCAUCCAUUUCAUUCCUAAAGCUUUCAACGAAUUCUCGCACACGUAUAUAUUCUCCCCAUCUUGCACAAAUUUGCCAUUGCCGAUGUUACGUAUAUACUAGGGUGAGGUUAAUUAGCCAAAGUGAGUGAAAACUAGUCCCUCCCCAUCGUGCUAGCACAAAUGCCAUUACCUAAACACAAAUGCCAUACCGAUGUUACGGUAUAAUGCAUAGCAUAGUUGUAUUUGUUAUUUGAAUCGAGUUUUGUAGUCAAAUGUUUGAAAUGAUCGAAAGUGUGGUGUGAGACGGUUUAGAUCAUCUAAGCUAACUGGUAUGGAUGGAGCAA